CAAGUCGAGUCUAAAGUCAUCAAAUUCAUGACUCGAGUCUGACUCGAGUCCAAGUCAUGUGACUCGAGUCCACACCUCUGGUUGUUACACCCUCCGACAACACACCGACGAGGCAUGAUGUCUCCAAGGUACGGAAAACAGUCGAAAAAACGGAAAAUAACAGAGCUGAUUUGACUCGGUGUUUGAGAAAAUGGCGGAUUGCUUCCCGAUGUGACGUCGCUCCGAGAGCGAAUAAUAGAAAGGCGUUUAAUUCGCCAAAAUUCACCCAUUUAGAGUUCGGAAAUCGGUUAAAAAAAUACAUGGUCUUUUUUCUGCAACAUCAAGGUAUAUAUUGACGCUUACAUAGGUCUGCUGAUAAUGUUCCCCUUUAAGCAUAUGAGUUGUGUGAUAAUUUAUGCAUCAUUAUUCAAACAAGUAUGACGCCGUCCUACCCCAGCGCGGCUUUAGCCAGCUGUCCGUCGCAUACGUGCGCCCGGCGUUUCGACAUAAAGAGGCACUGUGACGCCUCUGCGGGCGCCCGCCUGGAUACAUUAACGAGGAGGAGACAGUGAAAGGGCCAAACACUGCCCAAUUCGCACCCCGCUUCGGUCAACAGUGGACAGUCGAGCACACAUUCGGACACACGGCGCCACUGUUUGUGGACCUGAAUGACAAGCAUUGUCACAUCACUACACACACACACACACACACCACCAACCAUUUAACCUUCACAAAAUAGUAUGCAAAAUAUGCAGAUGCUGAUCCCACACUGGAGUCGGGCAUCAGGGGCGGGUGCUCGGGGGUUAUAUAAACACGUCGCAAGACAACUAACGGGGACAGACGGACUUGAUUAGCCACCACGUCGGGAUUAUUUUGACGUUUAUAGAUUUUUCUCGGAAGGGAGACGACCUUUGGCGGACACGUUUUGUUGGAGACUGCCUGGAUCCUCUCAGGGAUCUGAAGAAGGAAGAUCAGAUAGCAUUUUCCUCGAAGCCGGAACCGUGGGGGGGAGGGUGGAGAUCACUCAGUUCAAGCACUGCUGGGGUGUCGCUAUGUUGACGUUAUCGGUACAAAAGUGCGGUGAUGGACAGUAUUUUCUAUUGCUGGCCUCAAACAGAGCAGGUAUUUAGAUGAGUCUAUGCUGGUUCCUCGCUAGUUUUUCGGAUGAUCUUUGCUAAAAGACUACUUUUCCAUUGCAUGGUUGUCCGUGUUCUUUGACCCCGCUCCACCUGUGAAGAAGCUUUGACUCGACUCUCAAUCGUCUCGACUCUCCGCAGAUGACAGAGUCCCCGCGUCUCCGGAGACCUGGCCUUCUGGGUUCCCCGCUGAUUCGCCGAGCCAGUCAUUAACAGACGGGGGCGCGUUUCGUCGUCGCCCUAGAUUCCCCGAGUCCUCCGGAGGGGGGGUUUAUUGCGAUGCUUCAAAAGUGCGCGUACAGCGUGCGGAGAUUAAGUACCUCAGCCUCGUACGACUAUUGUGGUUUACAGUUAGGGACGAGCCAAUUGUGUUGUUGAUGGCGAGGAACGCUGCGUUGCGGGUCUCUUGUCUCUUGCGGUGGAAAAUAGCGUCUGCAUUGUUCUAAGUAGCACAAACUCAUUUGCAUGCGCAUUGUCGUCAAAGCGUCUUCGCUUCUACCUCCCGGCGAGCUUCUUUCCCAGUGACGACUUCGUGUCUGCUUGAGACAAACCGGAGCGGACAAAUCAAGUUUGUGUCAAGACUCGUUCGUCAGGCACAGAGGAUCCAUUGAUUGCAAAGUGCUCAUCAAUACACAAUGAGGCGCGUUGGGAACGCCGUCUUCAGUCGCCUUGGCCCUGCCCUCGUCUCCUUGGCCCUGCGCUGCCUGGUCCUGGUCCUGGUGACGGUCCUACUCGGAUUCGCCCCUUAUUGCCAGGCGGUGCAGGCGGAGAACGUCACCGUUUUGGAAGGGGGCACGGCCCAGAUCUCCUGCCGCCUGCAGAACUACGACGGAUCGAUUGUGGUUAUCCAGAACCCUCGCCGGCAGACCCUGUUCUUCAACGGAACGCGGGCCCUAAAAGACGACCGCUUCCAGAUGGUUCUCUUCACGCCGCGGCUGGUGCGCAUCACGUUGACCAACGUGAGCGUGUCGGACGAGGGCGGCUACUUCUGCCAGCUCUACACGGACGCCACGCACCACCAGGUGGCCACGCUGGCCGUGCUCGUCCCCCCUGAGACACCCACCGUGGAGGUGAAGCAGGACGCCGUGGAAGGCGGCGAGGUGGAGCUCAGCUGCGUGUCGCCGCGCAGCAAGCCGGCCGCCACGCUGCGAUGGAUGAGAAAUGGCCGCGAGGUUCCCGGUGUGGUUUCCCAGCAGGACAACGGGAAGACCUUCAGCGUAUCCAGCACCGUCCGGAUCCCGGUCGAGAGGAAAGACAACGGGGCGGCAUUGAGCUGCGAGGCGCUCCACCCGGCGCUGGGCAGCCAGAAGAGGAUCCGGCACUAUCGCCUUGAUGUGUACUUUGCACCGACCGUGAGGAUCGUCCCUCCUACUGGCAUUUUGCGAGAGGGCGACUCGCUGAGCCUGACCUGCUCCGUUACUGCCAACCCUCUGCCUCAGAACAUCCAGUGGUCCAAGAUCAACGACACCUUACCCGAGCGGGCCGAGAUCUCGGGACCCACCUUCCAGAUUUCCCGCCUGAGCCAAUCGCACAACGGGACGUACCUGUGUCAGGCGCAGAACAACUUCGGACGAGCCGCCGACCACUACACCCUGCUGGUCUACGAUCCCGGUGCAGUGGUGGAGACUCACAGCGCGGUACCGUACGCGGUCAUAGGGGGCGUACUUGCGCUGUUGGUGUUCACCGUCAUCUGCGUCCUCAUCGUCACCAUCUGGUGCUCCGUUCGCCAAAAAGGCUCGUACCGCACCCGAGAGCCCAUUCUUGCUUGGUACUGACCUAACAAAGCGAACUAAUGCAUUAACCUGUCAGGCUCCUACCUUACCCACGAGGCCAGCGGCUUGGACGAACACGGCGAGGUGCAAGAAGCCUUCCUCAACGGGAACGACGCCAGCCAGGGCAAGAAGGAGUACCUACUGUAGCCCUUUUCCCUUUUUUUUCCCCCCGUCACACACACAUACACACACACACACACACACACACACAAAUUGACUGUAUACAUGUUCGUCGGAGAAAAUUGGGUAUAACCACCGAAAAAAUGAUCAUCUUUUUCUGGGCGCUCGAAAAUGUCCUCCAAUUGCCAAAAGCAGCUAUGAUUCCAGGAAAUAAUGGAAAGGUGUCUCUGGGAAGUGUUCAUACUUUACAAAACAAGCUUACCGUCUUGUUUGGCCGAGGCUUAAGUGCUACUUCUUUUCCCUCUCACCUUCAUAUCUCUCCCUUUUUUUUCUAACCCUCCUCCUUUUGUGGGCUCCUGUAAUGAAAGGAUUAGCGCAAACGAGGAAGAAAGGAGUAUGACUCGCAAAGACUAUGAAGAAUUAUUUUAGAAUGCCAUUAGGAGGCUAAAAAAAAAAAAAAAGGUAUAGAAGUCUUAAUGGGAAGGGGCGGAAAAGGGCACACACACACACACACACACACACACACACACA